ACCUUGGAUCUGGUGAUGAGAAGGUGAAGAAGGUUGACUGUAGAAAAUUUCUAACACCAGGUUAUACAACAUCAGGACAUGUGGAACUAUACACCGUAAGUGUGGAGAGGGGAAUGUCUUGGGAAGAAGCCACUAAUGCCUGGGCAGAACAGAAUGGACCAGACGAUGGCUUCUAUGUUCAG